GAUCCACUCCAACGGGUAGGCGUGACUAUUGAAGUACUUGUGAUGUGUACCAGGAUGGUGGCCCAUUAUGAUCAAUGCUACGGAGUUAUGAAUGGGGACCAUGUAUACCCCCACACGGAGUCUAUAGUUCCGUAUCCACAAGCGUGAUCGAUCAAGCCCAAGCCUUCACGGGGGAGCCGUUACUAAGGGAGCCCUUUGAUAGUCACCAUGGGGUGGAACGGACCCUUUGUCCCGUUACAUUUUCUGCUCGUUAACAGCGCCAUCUGUGACCGCAUUGUAAUCGUCAGUGUACGUUCGUGUACACACAGGCUGCGGAUUCGUGCUGGCGCGAUUGCGUCCGUAGCAACCCGGCUUGCUCAUGCACUGCAUAAUGCAUUAGCAGAGUGGCUCGGCGUUUCUAUAAACAUAAAUCGGUCGUGAAGAGAGUGGACGGAGUAGAUCAUCGUGCGCGUGUUGAGAGGAUUCCCCGCAUUUUGAGUGGACAAAUCUAAAUGUCAAACACGCAGGACUGGACACGCUAACAGUUUGGGAGUUUCAGACUUCUGAUUUCCCUCAAUUAACUGGAGCAAGUGAAAUCCACAACCCUUCCAAAGCCUUCUCAAAUCUUGAAGUUUCCACAGUCAAUUCACGAAGCCCACCUGUUGAGUUCAAGCUGUUACACUUGACAUCCACCAUUAUUUAACUUUCUAGAUACGGCGAGAACACACAGCUAGAAACCAUGCAGGACUACUACGGACAAACCAUGACGGCCAGCUACUUCUCUGCCCCGCGAGUGGGCAUGGGGACGAGUUACCUACCCCCGUUGGAAAGUACCAUGCAGGCAUCGUACAAGAGUUACGCACCCCCAUUUGUUGUGAGCCAAUCCCUUAACCUGCCAUGGAAGCCAAGCACCUACCAGCGCGGUGCAAUGAGGUCCAUGCCGACCAGUCUGAGCGCCCCUGAGCUGAACCCAAGCACCUUGUACCGCGACGAUGUGGUUUCCAAAGUUCCCCCUCUCAUGCCGUCGGCCCGCACCGCCCUGUUCUCCAAGUACACCCCGACGGAUUGGUUCAAGUCCAACAACCAGAACUAUCGUUCCUCCGACAUGACCCGCAGUGCGGCCCAGCGCCUCCGAGACGAGAACGUCCGCAUCUGUCACGACACGGACGCCCGCACUGUCAAGACGCAGCAGGAGUCCAGCAAGAACCUGGGCAACCGCCUUCAAGACAUCAACUUUUGGAAGUCCGAACUCAACCACGAGCUGGACGAGAUGGGCAAGGAGAUCAACGACCUGGUCGCCUGGAAGCAGAGGACGGAGAACGCCUUGAAAGAAACGGAGGGACCCCUCCAGAUCGCUCAAGAGUGCCUGUUCAACAGAGAGAAGAGACAGGGAAUCGAUCUAGUCAACGACAACGUUGAGAGGGAGUUGAUUAAGGAGGUAAACACUAUCCGCGAGAGCCAAAACAAGUUGAGGAAAAUGAUCGACCGUGCCAACACACAAAUAAGCAUGAGCCGUGCUGCCCAGCAUGAGUUGGAGAAGGACCUGACGGACAAGUUCCGCGCCCUGACAAUUGACAACAAGUGUCACCAGCUCGGCAACACGUCGCACGGCCUAGCGUAUUACCGCGGGAUCGAGGGUGUGGAUCAAUGUGUCUCAAUCCCCGAAUCCUGGGCCAAGUUCUCCAACGACAACAUUCUGCGAUCACAGAGAGAGCGCAACGCGUCCAAGGGCCUGCGCGGGGACGUCGACAGCACCCUCCAGGAAACGUCCAACGACAUGUGGACGCAGAACAACGCCGUGAACGUGGCCUUCUCGGCGCGCAUUGCCGAGACCAUGGACGCACGCAACAGCCUGCAGUCGCAUCUGGCCAGGGUUCUCCAAGAGAUCAAUGAGAUGGAAAACAACAUCGACGUUCUUCGCAAGGCUAUCGCCGACAAGACCGCGCCGAUGCAGGUGGCCCAGUCCCGGUUGGAAAGCAGGACGCGCCGCCCCAACGUGGAGCUGUGCCGUGACCAGCCGCAACACAGACUGGUUCGCGAAGUGGGUGAAAUCUACGAGACAGUAGACGUUUUGCAGAACCGUCUCCGUGCAGCCGAGAGCGCCCUCCAGGAGCUGUGCAACACCAAGACCACUUUAGAGCACGACCUGGGCGUCAAGAACAACAGCCUGUACAUCGACAAGGAGAAGUGCAUGGGUACCAGGCGGACAUACCCGACCACAGCCAAGCUGGCUGGUUACCGAGGCCAACCGUGAAUCCGUGGGUGGAUUCCUGUCAGAGUUGUAACCAAGUUAUCACAAGUCAGAUAACAAGCAGUCCAAAGUCAAGCUGCAAGCUAUUCAAAUGCACCGUAAAAACUAUAAAGCUAUAGAGGCCUUACCCUUUGUCAUGAAAAGUGGGACCAUUGGAAAUGGUGUGGGUAUGGAAAUUUGGGGAACGCGACUAAGCCUACAUCAAGAAAUCUACGUACGCGUACAUUCACGAGUAUAACCAGUGAUUUGGGCGGCAACUUUUCCAUGCGAUGCACACGUCUCCCUCAUGUGCCAUUUGUAAUGGUGCCCGCUAUAAUGUCCACCUACUUUUACCUAAUAUUUGACUCUUUGUCUAAUCAUGUGACCCACGUAACCUGGUUGGCCUGAAUAGAGCUCUGUUCGUUUGAAGAAUUCUGAAGUUUGAAAUUUGCAAGAAUUUGCGUGUUUGUUAUGGCCCCCAUCAGACUGAUCGGAUAUGCACUGCAUCUUGAAUGGUAACUCCAGUAAAUGUCAAUUUUGUACUCUCGAAAGUAUUUUGGUGUGUAGACACAAGGUAUGACACAAGAUGUGUCCGUAAUUUAAAAGGUAGGCAUUACGAGUUGUAAUUAUUUUUGACUAAUAAUAUAAAAACGGAGAUCACUAAAAGGGUGCGCUAUGUAGCAUUGCUACUGCCAUGUUAUAUUGCCUAUUAUAGAUUCCGUCCAGAAUUGCAGAAAGCUGCGCAUGUCAAGUACAGUAUGUACAUGUACAUUGCCUAAUUUUUGUAAGUUCCAAUUAAAAUUAUGGUGAAAUUUAUUUUUACACUGAGAAAAACCUAGGCAUUAGAUAAACUCACAUUUAAAUUUGCCUGCACGAAAACCAAACACAGAUGUGAAAGAUUAAACAUUAUAAUGUGUACACCCUGAAAGUAGAAUUGACAUGUACUAACGUUUGCACAUAAUUAACUGUAAGUAUAUGCCCACCGUUUGAUUCAGUAAUUGCCAUAUAACUCAAACAGCCGUCGGAGGACAUUCAUGUUUUGUCACUAAUUACGCAUUUUUUCUUUCCAGAUGGCUGUAAGAGAUAUUGGCAUAUUAUGCAUGUGUGCUUUUUAAUGAAACCGCAAAAACAUAUUUUGAGUUGAAAAGGUAAAAUGUGUGCCAUAUGUGUUGGUGUAUGGCUAACUGAUCUAGGCUGUACAGACAAAACAAAGAAAGCCAGCACAGUUAAUUGGCACUACACCUGUUACGGCCUAUUUUUAGCAAAAUUGGCUGUUGCUGUAUAUAACUGGGAAAAAUAUUGUUGAAAGAGGCUUAAAUUGUGUAAUUUCUUUGUGGCAAGUGAUUAACGUUAAUUGUAAAUACUGGCUUUUUUCCCCUUUCUUUUUGUCACAUUUGCAAUCUAUCUUAAUGCAUGAAAUAAUUGAUGAAACCUGUGUGUGAAUUGGCGUGUCACCUUUAACAAAUUCGGCAGUUUGAUAGUUUUCUGCACAAAUUGAAAAUAUUUAUGCACUUGUUCUUCGAAGAGUAAGGGGGUAGGGCUACAUGUAGUUUGUUUAAGGUAAACUUAAACUCCUUAGGGUUUUGUAAACUCAUGUUGAAUUUGGAGGAUUUAGCUCUGUUAGAGGUUAGAUACACUGUUCUAUUCAAUUUGUGCAGAUAAUAUUGAAAUGCCGUUUUUGUGUUUUCACUGCAUGCAAAUGUUUUGUUGUAUAAGCAGAUCACGGAAUGUUACAUAUGCGGCUGCGCAGCGAAGGCUAACUUACUGUAAAAAAUAAUAAUAAAUGAAGUUUGUUGAAAA